AUGCCAUUUUUUCAUCCUACUGAAGAACCUGGCAGCGAAGGAGAGAAAACAGCCUCGUUGGAGUUAUUCAUCGUGGAAAAACGUUCAAACGAUAGCGAUAAAUUGUCGUUUGAGGUAUAAAAGUUCUUACAAGCUAUAGAUCAGUUCUUCAAUUCAAGUCCACGAAAGUCUCACUGCGAGUCCGAAAAAGGAUGAAGUUGAUUUAUCCAGUAUAGUUAUGAAAACUGGAGUUUAAAUGAAAUGAAUAAAACAACAAUUAAAGACAGUUGAUAUGCAUAGUGUCGGUAGUAAUGUUGUGAAUAUAAGUCAUAUGGAGAUUAAAUAUAUUUGACAAAAGUACUAAACCUUUCCGUGUAUUUUACGUUUUACAGAAAUUUUCAUUUCGAAGUUGUGAUACGACUGUUGUUGUAAAAGAGACGCUGUUUUUUGCCAUCUUAAAAGACUUUCACUUUCACAAGAAAGUGGCGCAUGUAUUCUUUGAAAGGUAGAUAUUGCAGAUAUUUUGUCAGGGAGCUACUAUUGACACCUAACACGGAAGAUAUUUUAACAACAUUCUGAACACUUAAGCCCCAGUUACACGAUACUGAAUUCACUUAGUACGACUUGCAGCUCGGGAAUAAUGUCCUUCCAUAACAUUUCCUCUUUGACAAUUUUCGCCUAAUUUUGUCAUAUGUCUUGAAACGGUUAAAUUCGAUGUUGUGACAAGCGAAUCCAGUAUUGUGUCACACGCCUAUAUAUUUUCGCAAGAAUGGAAAUUAACCUAAAAAGUCGACCGCUAAAAGUAGAUCGCCAAAAGUUGAUCGCGCGACAUUUUGCACCGAAUGAAAAUCCGCUUUUAGUCAGGGUGCGAUGAAUAACGUACUUACGUACCGGAGGUAUGCCUAUAUUACGAUCUGGCACUUCUUUUCCAACCGAGUACCGCGUAGAUACGCAUUACUCUGGCUAUCUGCGUACUUACUUUUUGCCGGUACCAUGCAUAUAUGACUUUUCCAAGGCACAAUCUUAACCGUAAUUAACUCAGUAUAUUGUGUACGUCUGGCCUGUCUUAGCAUGAAACAUGGUUGGACUGGUGGGAAUAAAGUAUGUUGGAGACGAUUGUAGUAUCUGUACAGUAUGUGCAAUUAUAUGCUCUUUGCUCUAACUCCUAGUUUCAGGUUACCGAAUGAAUACCUUCCGAAACAUGUACUUUAUGUACUUCAUUCAUAAGAUUAAGUACACCUUCAGUCGUAAGUUUGCCAGCUCAAGUACGCGGCAAAAACCAUUGGAGUACCAGUCAGGUACGAAUAGAAAUCUUAAAUUAUCUGUACACGCGGGAUGUUUUGCAUGUGUAUACACUAGGCUUACAUUAUAAAGAACGAGUCACAAACACUGAUCAUUUUUGUAUUAGGUAGUCAGUAAAUGCCACUAACAAAGCAUCGUCAUGUUAACUUCAUAGUUACAACAUUAUAAUGCUCGUGUAAUUUCUUGUUUUUCAGUCAUGAAGAGGAAAGUGCAGAUAUAUCCAGUCCAUCUUCAAAACGAUUUUACUUCGAGCAUAUUGAGCUGCAAGCUGUUAAAGUGAUUUUAACCUUGCUACCAGCUAUUGAUCUGCCUGAUGACCUGAAAGUGAUUAAAUACAGUUUAGGAAUUCCUCGUCAAUUGCCUCCAAUGACAUUCGAAAAUGCUUGCUUAUAUUUUGGUAAGUUAGAUACAUGCUGCCAUAUUACUAUAACAGUAUUCAAAAUAACGGGGUUCAGGGGUCAACUCCUUAACCCAAAUUGACUAUUUUACUCCAAAAAUCUCCACAGAUAAGGUUUAUGCCCCCUCUCAUUAUCCCUGAGUGGUCUUGCUGUAUCCUCCUAGUUCUAGCACCGUUGGGGCGAAACUAUAUGACCAGAUAAUUUAAAACCGAACAUUUCGCACAAAAAUACGUAUGCGGAGUAAAUGGUAUGAUAGCAGACUGUAUCACUGCAAAACAAUUUGACUCAAAGACUUACGUGAAAUAAUGCACCCACAGUGACUCAAAUUUAUGAGCAAAUUUACUUAUUUUUUGCGUGAAGUAAACCUUUUCCCUUUACUAAAAAAAUUGAUUUUACUCAAAAUUUUGAAUGACUAUGGAUGAUUUAGACAGAAUUAUGUUAAGUUUUUAAGUAAAAAUAUUCAGGGAUUUUUUUCAGUGUAGGAAAGAAAGAAUAAAAUUCGUGCAAUUUUAUAAAGGUUUUAGAACACCUAAAACAGUUCAGAAUAAUAUUAUAUGCUACAUCCGACUUAACCGACUACUCCGGCUAUUAACGGUCAUUUAGUCUACCGUAUUGAGGUGGAUAACUGUGGAUUAAACAUUCAUGGAUAUUUCAUUCCAGACGCAUUCGCACGCAACAAUAUCCAGUAUGAUUCAUAUAAAGACAUUUCAUAUGAUGUCAUGAAACAUUACUCAAAGGUAAGAUCGGCAUGAUUUGAUAAUUAUAUAUCACGUGGCUUUGUCUCUAUAGAAGAACAUGAAAUUAAACAGAUUAUUAACCAACCCGAGCGUCUGUAAUACUCUAUGUUGAUUUUGACUUGUACUCGUUGAUGUGAACGACAUUAUUUAAACAUUACUGUUACGUGAAUUUGGCAAUGGUAAUAUUCACUGCAAAAAAUGAAAUACUUGGCAAGAUUUUUUCCUAAUUUAAGAUAAUUAUUCUUAUAUCAAGAUUAUAUUUCUUGUUUUAAGAAUAGUUAUCUUGAUUUUAGAAAUUAUUUCUACGUUGAGAAACAUGUAAGAUUAGUUUUUCUUAAAUGAAGAUAUUAUUUCUUGACGCAAGGCUUUGUUUCUUGUUUCAAGAUUUAAAACUUAAUUUCAAGAAAAUUUAACUUGGUAUAAAGUGGUUAGAAAGGUUAUAUCAUUACCUGAAAAUUAUUUAUCUUGUCUUUAGAAAAAUAAUCUUAGGUUUGAGACAAAUUAUCUUUUAAGUUCAAGCAAGUGUAUAUAAGUUUUCUUGUUUCGAAAUUUAUAUUUAUCUUGGUAAGAUUAAUACUAAUCUUGCUAAGAUUUUUAGUAAGAUUCGUUCCAUUUUUGUAAGAUUAUUUUUCUUUUAUCAAGAAUAAUUUUCUAGGCAAGAAAUAUUUUCCUAUAUAUGGGACAAAAAGAAAAAUUAUCUUAAAUCAAUUUUCUUGGUAAGAUUAAAUUUCUCAAAUCAAGAAAAUUUUUCUCGAUCAAGAAAAUCUUAUCUAGAAAAAUUUUCCUAUGUAUGGGACAAGAUAAUGUUGCUUAAAUUAAGAAAUUUUUGCUCAAAACAAGUUGUUUUUUUCUUAAAAUAAGCUUUUCAUUUUUUGCAGUGUUUAUUAGGUCUAGGUGCAUGUUAACAUAAGCAGCAAAAUAAUAAGUUAUUGAACGAUCUGUGCCAAUGUACGUAGUGUCAAUAAUAAGAAAGCUUUGGAUUGAUAGGGAUGCAAAUACCUGAAAAAUACAAGGAGAACUUCGGCGUUUCGAACAAAUGCAUGCACUUCGUCAGCUAAUAAGUUCAACGAGUUCCAAGAUAGACUUGGUCUAUGUCCCUUUUUCUUUGAUCUGUUAUAGUGGAAGACGCGUCAGUCAUUCAUUUUGCACUAUAGUAGAUCAGAGAAUUAGGACCAAUCAUUGAGUAG